GUAGUUUUCAGUGCGUACAUUCCUACAGAAAAUAGUGUGGGGAAUCUUUAAGCGCUAAAAAACCAACACAUGCGAAAUUUUUGCACAGAUUGAUCGAUCUUUUUAUUUAUUCUUAAAAUUGCUACACGUACCCUUCCUGGUUUUCACAGUCAAUCACAUCCCUCAACGCCUACUUUGCGUCCACGCUUGAACUUUCCUUAUGCACUGUACGUAGUUUUGCACACGGUAGAUUUUGUUUUUACUUUUUUCAGAUUCAGUUUCGAUUGGUUCGAAAUCCCUAAAAAGCUGGCGCAGCGAUCACAGCGCGAGCUAUAUGUCCAAGCGAUCACCUAUCCGAGUGUACCAAUUUCGUACAACAGGGCAGCUUAAUUUGGGAGAUAAAAGUAUUCACCCCCUUAAGAUCAGGUUUCAUCGUUAUUCAGAAACAAUAUGCACACACGAGUACGCGUUCACGUUACCAAUUAGGUAAACUCUCAUAUUCAUGCGACAUCGCGAGUAACCUGCAAAUAACAGGGAGUAAUAAUGAUUCGAGGAAGAGGAAGAGGGAGGAAUAGAGAGCACUGUCGUGCUAUUAUAUAAAUAAUACAUAUCUCUUCGUUAUUCGUGUGUCCAGCUCUAUUUUCGUUUGUUUUUCUCAGCGAUGGUCCUGGAUAACUUCAAUGAUAAAUACGUCAAUUGCGUGGGUCGAUGAAAAUAACGUUUGUAAAGUUUUCGAUGUUUUUUUUCUACGCAUCAAUGUAUUAUAACAAAAUGUGCUGAUAUAGAAAUUCACCUCAAAAGGUGAGUGGAUUACCAAAUUUAAUAACAAGAUGCUGAAAAUAUUUAAUUCCCUCCAUAUUCUUCAAUAAUGGGUUUUGAGCUUCGCUUGGACGAAGAGAACGUUGCAGUGGACAUCACGGAAUCAUACAUUCAAUAGAACGCACUUGCAAAAUGUAUAAAUCCAUGGCAUACGCAAAUAGGCUAAACUCAAAUACGCGAUCAUGGAUGAAAUAUAUGAAACUUCUUUACGAGUGCUGUAAAAAUGAAAAUGUCAAGUGCUGCCACUCGAUCAAGAUUAAGAAAACAAAAACAGCAUGAAUAAUAAUGAUGAUAGUUUCGAAGCGUAUAUAUUAACAGAAUGUUAGUAACAAAGCCUCUGCUGCAUUGCGUGGUUUGGUGUUCGUAAUUGGCGCGAAUUUUUUGUGCAACUGUACGUAUAAACAUCGUUGACUCAUCACGCUCGAUUGGACACGCAGCUCUGUCAAACGGUGCCGUCCCGCUCACAUCGAUUCGAGAAAAACAAUGUGGAAAAACUGUGUUUCGACGUUGAAGUACCAGAGAAGACGCAAACAACGGCACAGAAAUACAUCGCGUAUACGAAUAUUAGUUCCUUCAGUCACUAAAAAUAUAGUCGGAUGUUAAAGUCGAUAUUUGUGUGUAUAUAUGUAUGUGUACGAAGUGUUCCACCAGCAUUGCUGCUCGCGCGGUUACGGAACAGGCAACCGUGUACUUUGUUUUGCAAAGGCGAAAAGGUCAUGGGAAAACAGGAGGGCUGGGUUCAAUAUUGGUAGGAACGUUGGACAGUGUGUUCGAUACGAAACCACCACCUUUUAGAAUUUUGCAUCAGACACCAACUUCCGAGGUUUAUUGGGCGAUUGCGUGCUCCUUAACUCACGAGGAAAUUUUAAACAAUUGGCAAUGGCUGCAUACAAAUUUAAUCGAUACUUUGAAAUCUUUCGACAGCGAAGAAGAAAUAACAGAAUUUGUAUGCUGCAAAAUUCAAUCUAUUAUUGCUAAUAACGUACCGGACUGUCAGUUUGCUGAGGAGGAAGAUCCACAGUCAUUCAAGACUGUAUCUUUCAAAUUUCAUCAAUUGUUCAAUCUGCCUAACGAAGAUAAACUCGUCAACUAUUAUUCCUGCAGCUAUUGGAAGUCACGGUUACCGAGACAAGGAUGGCUUUAUUUGUCGGUCAGUCACAUGUGUUUUUACGCCUACAUCUUAGCAAGGGAGACAAAAUUAGUGGUGCGGUGGGCUGACAUAGUUGAACUGGACAAAACAAAUUCAAUUUUAUUUCCGGACAGUAUUCGCAUUAUGACACGAGAUAACAAACAACAUCACUUUUCGAUGUUUCUGCACAAAUCUGAGACGUACGCGUUGAUGGAGCAGCUCACGAAUAUCGCUAUGAAACGUCUCAUCGACGAGAAGAGCGGAUUCAAUGAAGACCGGGAACUUCUCAGCAAAUUAAGCAAAAAUGUGCCGAAAAAACCAUCCUUUCUCAAACGAGAUUUGGACGCGAGAGCUCAUUCCGAAGCAUACAGAAUACAGUUCAGGCUUCCGGCUACCGAAAAACUGGAUGGUAGCAUAGACGCUACGCUUUGGACUCCGUACAACAAACGUCACGUUUGGGGAAAAAUAUUUCUGUCCCAAAAUUAUUUGUGUUUUGAGAGUCGAGUUAGACAAAUGGUGAGUUUAGUAAUACCUCUUCGGGAGGUAAAGGUUGCUGAAACUGUUGUAAAUCAAUCGUCGAACGCUGUCACGGAUAAGUCUAUUCUCGUCACGACUGCGCGAUCUUCGUUCCUUUUUGCUCAGAUUCAAGAUCGGGAUUUCGUGGUGCAAAAAAUCUCAGAACUUCUCGCUAAAACGAAACUGGUCCAACCAAUACCGACAAUAAAUAAAUAUCUACAAAGUUCAGCGGGAAAUUCAAGCUCCGAUAAUAAGGUUGGAAACGACGAAUCGACAUGGACACCGCAGCCAGCAUUGAUGUCUCUUUUUAAAGCUCCACUGAGCUCUGAGGCAACUGUAAAACAAGAAGCUAAAGAAAAACAAUGGGAAUUACAUUUCGCCGAAUACGGGCGAGGAAUAACAAUUUACAGAACAACGGAAACUGCUAAACUCGUGAUUCAGGGUGUACCGCAAACUUUACGCGGCGAAGUUUGGCUCACUUUCUCCGGUGCAAUAAACGAAAUGGCAAUGAAUCCAGGUCUGUACAAAUCACUGGUAGAUCAGGCCCUUGGAAAAUCUUGCCAAGCGAACGAGGAAAUUGAAAGAGAUUUGCAUCGUUCGCUACCAGAACAUCCGGCUUUCCAAUCGGAUACUGGAAUAAAUGCUCUUAGACGAGUUUUGUCGGCUUACGCGCUGCGAAAUCCUCAAAUCGGUUACUGCCAAGCGAUGAAUAUUGUCGCCUCGGUCCUUCUUAUUUAUUGCUCCGAAGAAUCGGCAUUUUGGCAACUUUGCAACGUUUGUGAAUCCCUACUGCCCGAUUAUUACGACCGACGAGUCGUCGGAGCUCUCGUCGAUCAAGGUCUUCUCGAGGAAUUGGCUGCUGAAUAUCUGCCCAGUUUGCACGCGAAAUUAGGCGAACUUGGGGUCAUAAGGGUCAUUUCGUUAUCUUGGUUCCUUACCAUUUUUUUGAGUGUCAUGCCAACCGGGAGUGCUGUCAAUAUCAUGGAUUGCUUCUUCUAUGACGGUGCCAAAGUCAUCUUUCAGAUUGCAUUGACGGUGCUCGAAUGGAAUCAAGAAAAACUUUUAAAUUGUCGAGAUGAUGGUGAAGCUAUGCAGUUACUGACCGAUUAUCUUGGUGGCGUUUUUAACGAUGAGGGAACUAUUUUACCCAGACCGCUCGACACAACCGUACCUCCGAGGAGUAUUUCUGUUCAAACGUUAAUUUACGAAGCGUACUCCAGAUAUGGUAGUCUAACGAUUGGCAGGAUAGAGAGAUUGAGAUUGAAGCAUCGUCUAAGAGUUGUACAAACAUUGGAGGACGGGAUCGAGAAGAAUGUCGUGAGGAGUGUGGUCGUCGAUAAAUAUAUGAACAUGGAAGAGUUGCAGGAAUUAUUGAGUCUGGUGAGAGAAGAGUUGAUGAGCCAACGAAGAUCGGAUACUGAACGUUACGAUCCGACUCAGCCGCCCUACGAGGCAUACAAAAUCGAUUUUGAAUUAUUUCGCAUUUUAUUCGGUGGUUUGUCACCCUGGGGAAAAUGCACUCAAGCGGAAUCUCUUGCUGCUCGGUUAUUCAGGCUGAUGGAUCGUAAUCGCGAUGCACUUUUAAAUUUUCGAGAGCUGGUUCAAGCGAUUGGUAUGACUGCGACUGCAGAUUUGACGCAGCGUCUCAAGCUCUUGUACACGUUGCAUCUUCCCCCGUUGUUAACACCAGUAGAUUUCGAUUCGCCAACUCAUUCUGCCGAUGGAGCCGAAGUAGCUGCAGAAGCGACGGACUUUUUCAACACGAUGGAACAAAGCUUCGCUUCACUCGAUUUGUCCAUAACAAAUUUUGCCGACGACUCGACAAAUUAUCGUUCCAUAUCACGAUCCACUAGUCUUAAUAGUCAUCCAGGCGUCACGACCGAUGAAACAACCGAUCAGUCAUGGGAAAUUCAAAGUAUGGGGAGUCUCCGCUCGAUGCUCGAAUCAAAAGACAGCCCUCUUGAUUUGAAAACCGUUCCGAAAAUGUCACAACGCCAUUUCAUCGCUCUUUGGAAAACUUUAUACGACAUGUUCCCCGCACAACCAGAAGACCAGGAGGUCUAUCACAGCAUUGCGUCUAUAGGCACAUUAUUACUCCAAUUGGGAGAUGUUGGCAAACGGUUUUACGUCGACCGUGAAGAAUCCGAGGACAGUUUACUGCUCGUCGGUGGUGGAGAAUCGAGCCAGACGCCGAAAUCUCCGGAUUUCGAAGCGUCACCUGACCGAAACGGAAAUCCAUCGACCUCGUCGACGGGUCCAUCGUCGGAUCCUGAUUGGUCAAUAAACGUCGAACAGUUUUUAGCGUCCGCUCUCACGGGUCCGGCUAUUACCGAGUUUUUUGGCAAACGAGAGAAUCUCACAGAGUCUAUAAAAGCAUUGAGAAAUCGUCGCUUCAAUAGAGUCCAUUCCCUUUCCGAUACACCUGUUAUUCAUGUAUGACGUCACUCAUAAAACGUAAAUUUCCUAUCCCAAUCAAUGAUUAAAAGAAAAUUCAACAUCAAAA